UGGAUGCCUGUGUGUAUUUAUAGCGAGCUCGAGGGCGGUAGGAAGAAGACAACCGCGCCAAUGCUGGUGCGCGCGCGCACAUACUGACUGACGCCUUGGAAGAGUAUUAAGCUUCUUCCUCUUCUUCUUCUGAUCCUAGGCUGCUACGAAACUCAGGGCAGCCCUGCUCGUCGAUGGCUUCUUGCUGCUGCCCAAUCAUUGCCUCCUUCGUCUCUUUCCUCCUCGUCUUCCCCGCCCUCGUCUCCUCCGCGACGACGGGCAAUGGCAAUGGCAGCACGACGGCGCUCCGCUUCGGCGAGGAGCAGCUCGGGCUCCGGCGGAUGAGGGCCCAGCUCGCCAGGGUCAGGGAAGCCACUGUCAAGACGAUCCAGAGCCCUGACGGCGACGUCAUAGACUGCGUGCCCUCUCACCUGCAGCCCGCGUUCGACCAUCCCAGCCUCAGAGGCCAGAGACCAGAGGACGAACCUGCGGCAAGGCCAGGGAAUGCCGACGCCGUGGAAGACGACGAGGAGGAGGAGGUCUUGCCGCAGACGUGGAGGAGCUCCGGCGAGUGGUGCCCGAAGGGGACCAUACCGGUGAGGCGGACGACGGAGGGCGAUCUGCUCAGGGCCAGUUCCGUUCGGAGGUUCGGGAUGAAGCCCAAGAGUGCCGCGGCGCGGCGGGACUCCACCAGCAACGGCCAUGAGCACGCGGUGGGGUACGUGACCGGCGGGCAGUUCUACGGCGCGAAGGCGAGCCUGAACGUGUGGCCGGCGCAGGUGUCGUCGCCGGCGGAGUUCAGCCUGUCCCAGAUCUGGGUCAUCUCCGGCUCCUUCGGCAACGACCUCAACACCAUCGAGGCCGGGUGGCAGGUCAGCCCCGAGCUAUACGGGGACAACAGCCCGAGGUUCUUCACCUACUGGACCAGCGACGCGUACCAGGAGACGGGGUGCUACAACCUGCACUGCGCGGGGUUCGUGCAGAUCAACGGCCGCGUGGUGAUCGGCGCCGCCAUCACGCCGGUGUCGGCCUACGGCGGCCGGCAGUUCGACAUCACGCUCAUGAUCUGGAAGGACCCCAAGAAGGGCAACUGGUGGCUGCAGCUGGGCCCGUCGGGCGCGCUGGUGGGGUACUGGCCGUCCUCCCUCUUCACCCACCUGGGCGCGCGCGGCCGCGGCGGCGCCGACAUGGUGCAGUUCGGUGGCGAGGCGGUGAACACGCGGCCCUCGGGGUCGCACACGCCCACGCAGAUGGGCAGCGGCCGGUUCCCGGGGGAAGGGUACGGCCGCGCGGCAUAUUUCCGCAACUUGCAGGUCGUGGACUGGGACAACAACCUCAUCCCGGCGGCAGGGCUCCGGCUCCUCGCCGACCACCCGGGGUGCUACGACAUCGCCGGCGGCCAGGGCGGCGCGUGGGGCAGCUACUUUUACUACGGCGGUCCAGGCAGGAACGUCCGGUGCCCCUAGGACUAGGACGGAACCAAUACUGCUUACUCACGCCACAGAUGCUAAUUCCAGCAAAAUUAAUACUGUACUACACCACAAAAGACUUUUAUUUGCAUGCAUGCCUGUUUGUUUUCUUUAACAUAAAAAAGCAUUCACAUUGACCCAAACAAAGCCUUCCCUUGCUCUGCUCCAGCUACUCUUCUUCCUCUAUUCUACUCCCUCUGGUCCUAAAUAUAAAUCUUUUUAAACAUUUCACCAAACACUACGUACGAAUGUGUAUAAACAUAUUUUAGAAUGUAGAUUUAUUUAUUUUAUUUCGUAUGUAAUCCGUAGUAAAAUAUCUAAGAAACUUCUAUUUAGAAAUGACGGGAGUAGUUUGUUGGAGGAUCGAGUACAAUUUGCUAUCAAAUAUGAAUUUGACAUAA